AUGAUCAUCUAUACAUAUCGCAAAAUCAGAGCAUACCGUGCGCGCGAGGCUGCCGAAGCCAAGGAGCAAGCACAGGUACAAGCAGGACCAACCUGCGGUUCAGAUACGCCGACUACCACACGGGAUACCCAGGUCCCACCAAAGGCUCCGAAAGCGCAGCCAUGUCCACAGUGCGCACAGGAGAAGACCAAGGCUCGAAAAUACCGGUGGAAGCUCCUUCUCUGCCUGACCCCUGCGUUCUUCGUCGCCAGCCUCGACUUGACCAUCGUGGCAACAGCCCUGCCGCAGAUCGCCUCCCACUUCGACAAGUUCAACCAGCUCAAUUGGAUCGUCACUGCAUUUACCCUGACGUCCACGGCCUUCAUACCAGUCUUCGGUCAGCUGGCUGAUACCUUCGGCCGCCAUGCCGCCCUCCAGUUCUCUGUGGUGCUUCUGGCCAUUGGAAGUGUGCUCUGCGCAGCUGCACCCGACUGGGCUGUCCUGUUGCUUGGAAGGGCGCUGCAAGGAAUUGGAACCGCGGGCAUUUCCAACGUCGUGAUGAUCAUCCUGGCCGACUUGGUCUCGCUCAGGGAGCAGGCCGUCAACACCAGUAUCUUCCAGCUGCUGAACGGCAUCGGGUACAGCGUCGGUCCCGUCAUUGGCGGCUACCUAACCAACUCGAACUGGCGGUACUGCUUCGUGCUCUGCGCGGGCGUGUCCGUCGUGAGCAUCGUCGGCAUUUUCCUCCUCCGCAACGACCUCAAGCCCGGCAGGGUCUCCAUGUCUCGUCCACUGGCGGGCCAAUCCCAUCUCCAAGCACUAGCGUCGGGCCUCUCCACGCUCGACUAUGGCGGAAUCUGCCUCUUCAUUCUGGGUGUUGGGCUCCUCAUCCUCGGCACCGCCUGGGGCGGCUCGACCUACCCGUGGUCGUCAGGCGCAGUGCUCUCGUCCUUGAUCCUGGGUGGCAUUCUCUUCAUUCUGUUUCUCGUCUAUGAAAUGCUCCUCUCCAACGAGGCCAAGUUCCUGGUGAGCUUUCCCCCGCGCGGCACAGCGCCGAUGAUCCCCUCCUCAAUCCUCCACUCCAAGGACGUCAGCCUCGUCUGCGCGAUCGCCUUCUCCACAGGUGCUGCGAUCUACAGCGUCUUCUACUUCAUCGGCAUCUACUUCACGCUCGUGGAAGCCUUUGACGCCUCCGCCGCGGGCACCCAACUGCUGUACUACGUCCCCGGCAUCGGCGCGGGCGUUUAUCUAGCCAUCUUCAUCUGCAACGUGCACCCGCGCCAGACAUUUUUGCCCUUACUGCUCGGCACCGUCGUCGAGACCGCGGGGAUCGCGGCCCUCGCGUACGCAGUGCAAGCCCGCAACGAAACGCUCGUCAACGUCAUGAUGGCCCUCGCCGGCGCGGGGACGGGCAUGCGCUUCAUGCCCUCCAACCUGCACCUGGCCGGCAUGUUCCGCGACAGGCUCGCGCCCGUGUUUUCCGUCCUCCGCUUCGCCAUGCCCUUUGGCGGCACCCUGGCGCUCACGAUCAUGGGCUCGGUCUUCCAGAACCAGAUGAGCGAGUAUUUCGGCGCCGACGCGGUUGGUGUCACAAAUGGAACGUCAGGCGCGACCACAUUCAACCUGCACACCCAAGCCUCGCUGGACUUGAUUAACGAGUUACCUUCGGAGAUACAGGAGGCCAUCCGCGCGCAAGGCGCCACCGCGACCAUGUGGGCUUUCAUUUCUAUCCUGCCGAUCUCGGCGCUCAGUCUGCUGGCGAGUUUGUUCCUGGGGAACGUGUGGAUUAGCGGGACGAAAAAGGAGACGAAGAUGAACGAGCGCCACAUUGAAAAUGAAGAGCAAGAGCGUGCCGAGGAGGCAGAAGAGACCAGAGAAAGGGAGCAUGGGCUGUGUAGGAGGCAUGCUACACAGGGGACAGAGGGUACUGCAGAAGCAACCGCGGCGGCUGAAGAGCAGAGAAAUGAAGUCGAGUUCGUGAGCGAGGUGUACCUUCUCGCCAUGGUGAGAGGGGACGUGAAGAGGUUGAAGAGGAGAGGCAUUGCUGAGACGAAGGUGCCCGUAGGUCAGGAUUACAGCGGAGAAGAGACACGGCUGCGACCCAGGUUGGACGAGGCUGGGACCCCAGUUCUCGAGAGCAAGUAG